AUGACUUCCGAACCAAAAGUCCCUGCCCCUCCAUCUUUUGCAAGUCUUACUCCUGAUGGGGUACUAGCCGAGACCGAAAACAUCCUUACCUCUACCUCAGCUCUGCAUGACGAUCUCGCCGCUAAAUUCACACCCUCGACUGCAACCUUCAACAAUAUUAUCCGCCCCAUCGUGGAUGACACCAACCGCGCCGCAUGUCGCCUGCGAAUCCUGACGACGCUCCUCGGACAGUUAUCGCCCGACAGGGAACUCCGUGAUGCCGCCCGUCGAGCAGAAACACGUGGCGCCGCAGCUCAGGUUAAGAUCCUAAUGCGGCAUGAUAUUGCAUCCCUAGUGGGAGCGAUAUACGAAAGAGAAAAGACGGCGCCGGAUGGGAACUUGGAUGGACAAGAUCGGCAUUUGCUUGCUCGCAUGCACGGCGAGUAUCUACGUUCUGGGUCGUUUUUACGAAGCCACAAAGAGCGGGAGGAGCUCCAGGCCACUCUGGAUGAGAUUGAUCGGGUGCGAUCUGCCGCACAAACUGCCUUCACGGAAGACGAGGGUGGUAUCUGGUUUGACCGUGCAGAUUUGGCGGGUGUUCCAGAGACUAUGCUUGCAUCCAUGCCCCAGGAGGGAACUCAAGUACAAGUGACGUUCCGAAAUACUCAUGUCACGGCCGUGAUGCGUCACGCAGUCAGCAGCGACACUCGUCGCCGGUUCGCAGUUGCUGACCAGAACCGACUCCCCGAUAAUGUAACCCGCCUAGCUUCUCUAGUCGCCUUGCGUGAUGAGGUUGCCCGUCUCUUGAGGUAUGAACAUCAUGCGGCUCUCAAGAUCGUGGACAAGAUGGCUCCAAGCGUUGACUAUGUUGAGGCUCAGUUGAGUGAUCUCCACAGAAGGUUAAAGCCCCUUGCUAAGGCCGAGACUGAUAGAUUGAUUCAGCUGAAGCAAAGGGACUGUAAAGAGCCUGUCAGUGAAUUAUAUUUUUGGGAUAGGGCGUAUUAUCUCCAUAAGCAAACCCAGAGGAAUUUCUUUGUGGAUCAUGAGCCUCUUGCUGAGUACUUUGAGGUCAAUCGCACUCUUCAAGGGAUGCUUGAUGUGUUUAAAGAGCUCUUCGGCAUCGAAUUCCAGCCUAUCGUGACUUCAGUAUGGCACGAGAGUGUCGUGGCAUAUGAAGCAUGGGACACCCCAAGUGAGGGAGGCGAGUUCUUGGGGCACUUAUACGUAGAUCUCUUUGACAGAGAGGGUAAAUAUCGUGGGGCACAUCAUGUUCUGAUUCAACCAGGUUUCGCUGAAUCAACCGGUGAGAAACACUACCCGGCAUCAGCACUAGUGUGUAGCUUCGCUCACCCGUCGCAAUCUCGUCCGGCACUACUCCAGCACAGCGAAGUAAAGACCAUGUUUCAUGAGCUUGGGCACGCUAUUCAUAACAUUGUUGCCAGAACCAAGUAUGCCAUUCCUCACUCAAGAGACUUCAUUGAAAUACCAAGUAUCAUGCUUGAGAACUGGAUAUGGCUCCCAGACGUGUUAAUUCGACUUGGUCGUCAUCAUAAGAGCCAAGAAGCUCUCUCCCGAGAACUAACAGAAAGUGUUGCACGAACACGAAACGCAAAUAGAGCCAACAGCAUCCUGGCUCAAGUGCAGCCAGCUGUCUUUGACCUGGCGAUUCAUACACCUCCGUCUCAUAAAGCAGCGCUUGAGAUGGAUACAACUGAGAUAUGGAACAGAACAAAAAGAGAAAUUCUCACGCAUAGCUUUGGCCCAGAUCCACAACAUUGGGGAGCUGGACAGGCGAGGUUUGCGCAUAUGUUUCGCAAAAAUGAUGGUAGCUAUUUUUCUUAUCCACUAUCCAUGGUCAUUGCGGCAGAUCUUUUCAGGUCUAAAUUUGCAGUAGACCCUCUGAAUUCCGAGAUGGGGAGAAAUUAUAGAUAUCAAGUGCUGGAGCCAGGAUCAAGUCGUCCCGAGAUUGAUAUUCUGAAGGACUUCUUGGGGCGGGAGCCCUGUAGUAAGACUAUUUUAGAUGAACUCUGCCAUGAUACAGAGUAG